AUGGUUCCUCUCCACUACCUUGUUGUUCAACUUGUCGUUGGCAGCUUUGCCUCCGCAGCAUACAUUCCGAAGUCAACUCCCGGUGACAUCAUUCAACAUGAAGGUGAACCUGUGGGAAGUGAGCUAGUUCACGAGGGAGUCACUCUGUAUAUCAGCCCAGCAGCUCAGGCCGAUGACCCCAAGAAGGCCGUCCUGUACUUGACAGACGCGUUUGGACUUCCACUUUUACAGAAUAAGCUACUGGCAGACAGCUUCGCCAGGGCUGGAUUCACAACCGUUAUGCCCGACAUCUUUCAAGGAGAACCCGCGCCUCACGACAUAACCUUCGAUGCCGAAGAGUUCCUCGCCAAGCAUACGACCAACGUGACUGACCGCGACAUCGAGACAGCCAUCCGCUACAUGCGUGAUGUGCUCUCGUUCGAGCGAAUUGCCGUGACUGGUUACUGCUUUGGUGGCCGAUACGCGUUUCGUUUCCUCGAAGAGGGUCGAGGUGCCAAUAUCGGUUUCGCAGCUCACCCGAGUUUCCUCCAAGAUGACGAAGUCCUCGCCAUCAGUGGUCCCGCCAGCAUUGCCGCAGCCGAAAUUGACACUCUUUUUGAGCCUGCACGCCGCUUCGAGGUUGAGGGCUUGUUGAACCAGACUGCUCACCCAUACCAAGUUGCCCUUUACUCCGGCACGUUUCAUGGAUUUGGCACCAGGGCCAACAUCAGCAAUCCCGAACAAAAGUUCGGCAAGGAACAGGCUUUCUUUCAGGCAGUCGACUGGUUCAAAGCCUGGUAG